UUGUUUCUUUCCAGGGAGAAUUAAGAUCACACUAGUUAUUAUAAGUGGAGCUGCCAUACUCCAUCCCUCCUCUCACUCACCUCUUUUCUCACUGUUACAAAGUUUCUUGUCUAAAGCUACAAAUUAUUCUGAGCCUGAUACUCACCCUAUUCAGGAACUGAGAGGGUUAACUCCCAGGAGUACAAAGUGCUGUUUGUCUUUGAUAAAAGGGAACUUUCAGUUUCGUUUCUUGUUCAGUUGCUGUUCCUGCUCUCAGUGAUGGCGGCUGCUGAUCUGAGAGACGAGCUGAGCUGCUCCAUCUGCCUGAGCAUUUAUACUGAUCCUGUAUCCCUGCCGUGUGGCCAUAACUACUGCCGGGGCUGUAUUGGGACAACAUGGGACACCCAGGAGGGAUCUGGGGUUUAUUCCUGCCCUGAAUGCAGACAGGAGUUUAAGGAGCGCCCUGCCCUGCCCAGGAACAGAACUCUGGGUAACAUAGCAGAGCGAUUCCCUUCUGCUCAGCCGGAGCUGGGGGAGACUGGGAUUCCCUGCACCUACUGUGUCCUCUCUCCUGUACCUGCUGUUAAAUCCUGUCUCCUGUGUGAGUCUUCUGUGUGUGAGACCCACCUGAGGAUGCACAGCAAGUCAGCAAAACACGUCUUAAUAGAACCCACAAUGCACCUGGGGGACAAGAAAUGCUCAGUCCAUGAUGAACCCCUGAAAUAUUACUGCUGGGAGGAGUCUGUCUGUGUCUGUGUGUCCUGCUGUCUGGCCGGAGAGCACAGGGGCCACAGGGUGGAGCUGCUGAGUGAGGCCUCUGAGAAGAAGAAAGAGACACUGAGGGAAGUUCUGGAGAAACUGAGGCCAGAGAGAGAGGAGACUGAGAGAGGAGCCCAGAGACUGCAGGAGCGCAGGAGAGAAGUGGCAGAAAAAGCAGCCGGUGAGACAGAGAGAGUCACUGCCCUGUUUAGAGACAUCAGGGAACAGCUGGAAGCCCUAGAGAAGAGACUCCUGAGUGACAUCUCCAGCCAGAAAGAGAAGCUCUCACUCACACUCACUGAUCUGAUGGAGCAGCUGGAAAUAAAGAAGGACGAGCUGUCCAGGAAGAUCCGUCACAUUGAGGAGCUGUGCAACAUGGCAGAUCCACUCACUGUCCUACAGGAACGGGAAUCACAUGGAGCUGCAGAUAAUGAGGGGGGCAGAGAGAGACAUGAUAUAAAGGUCCCUGCUGUAGGGGAUCUGGAUGUGGAUCUGAUCUCAGAGACAUUACUCACAAGCUUAUCUGCCAUUGUGACUGGGGUAAAGGGAAGGAUCUAUGAGCAGGAGGCUACAGACCUGUUACUGGAUAUAAACACAGCUUAUAAUUACUUAUCUGUAUCAGGGGACAGGAAAUCUGCUUCCUACUCACUAACGCAACAACAUUACCCACAAUCCCCAGAGAGAUUUCAGGAUUAUACUCAGACUUUAAGCAGCAGGAGUUUCCCCUCAGGGCGACAUUACUGGGAAGUGGAGGACAGUGAAUUAGGGGGCUUGAUGGUAGGGGUGGCCUAUCCCAGUAUAGAGAGGGGAGGGGGUCAGUCCUGUAUUGGGCAUAAUAACAAGUCCUGGUGUUUGCGCAGAUGGAAUAAUAACUAUACAGUGAGACAUGACAGAAAGGGCAUAGAUUUACCCCAUGUCCCUUCCUGCAGGAGAAUCAGGAUCUCAUUGGACUAUGACGCCAGACGUCUGUCCUUUUAUGAGCUGAGUGAGCCAAUCAGACACUUACACACCUUCACUGCCACAUUCACUGAGCCCCUCCGUGCUGCAUUCUGUGUAUGGGGGGAAGGUGCCUGGGUGAGAAUCAUUAGUUAGUUUCCAUCCCACUGUCAUUUGAACAGGUUAAUCAGAGGAUGAAUUACAUCACUUCCUGUACAACAGAACCAACAUGGGUGGAUUUUCAUUAAGACUAGAGGUGGCUAAGCCUCCCCAAACCUGUCUGAGGAAGAAGAAGAGAAAAUAGAUAAGCUGCUCCCUUGUGACUGUUACUGGUAGGAUUCUGGGGGGUUUGGGUAUAAAUCUUCUGUCAUUGCUAGACUACAUCUCAGGAAUAAUCAAUCCUGCUCACAAACUUCCAUGCUGCUGGAUUUCCCCUAUGGAACGCAUUUCCUUCCUGCGAUAUCCUAUGCCUUCUGAAUGGCACAUUGGGUGCUUUUACCGUCACUCAUCGUCUAAAUGUUCAGUCAAACCUCCGCUCCUUUCCUCCCUUCUCGGCCAUCAAUCAUGCUAACUCCUCCCUCGGCCCUCAGCAAUCGGCCUUCAGCCUUCAGCCCGAGGGCCGAAAGCCAUGAACCUUUCACUUUAAAUGACAUUGUCAUUGCAUUUAUACUGUCUUGUUUUUUGGGUUAUUGUAAUUUAAAUUUGCAUUAAAUGAACCCUACAUUGUUUUCUGGACUGGCAAUACACAGAAUUGGCUGCACUUAUCUUACCCAAUGUUCAGGGGCAUUUUAGAUGAAACUGGCAACUCUUUGAUGCUAAUUUUACUGCCCCUCUGUUGAUAUAAUAUUCCUGGUUUAUCAGUAUGUGCUGGAGGGUCAGCUACCACUGCCUUUCAUUGAAUAUAAUGUACCCGAUGCAUCUCAUUGGAUCCUUUGGAUCAACUUGCAGUUUGACAGGUUUCAUUUAGACAAAUGGUUGAAACUGAUGCACAUGCCGCGCCGCCAUUAGAAAUCACGGGGCCCUGAUCAACAAAAUGUUCCUUCCACCUGAGAUCAAUUGUGGAAUUUCUCUCUGAUGAACCCUGGCGACUUCUGUUUCACCUUCUGAGAAAUAUUCUCUUAAAGAAACUUAUUAUUAAACUCACCUUUUAGGCUUUUCACUUUUCCUUAGAAUCUGCCUUUUCUGUCUCAUUGUUUUUUGGGCUCCUCUCCUUUUCCUUUAUACAUCUCCGAGUUCUGCUGUAAAUAUGAAUAUAUGCAAAACUCUGUGUAAUAAAAGAAAACAUAAUUCCAGUAAACAUUCAUAACAAA